AUGGCAGAUUCUAGAGAUGCCGCUCUGGCUUGCGGGGAGGAUAGAUUGGUCGGGUUGGAGGAGGUCGUUCGCGAGUGCCCCCAGAUUUUGAGGAUGCUGACGUGGCUCGAAGACUUUGCCAGACUUUCUGCCGUCAGCAAGUUCUUCCACCACGCAUGCAAGAGGCCGGAGCUCUACAGGACGGUCCAAAUGGAGGAGCGCAUCUUUAGACGGCCACUGCUCUGGCUGGCUGAACGCUGCAGCCAAACCCGGACUCUGAAAAUUCUUCGGAGCUGCCGCUGCGCCGAACUCAUAGCAACCGGAAAGUGCAUUCUCGGCGACGCUCUUGCCGACUUCCGAAAAGCUUACUGGAUCAUGUCCGUCGUGCAAGAGGUCUCCGAGGCGAGGGCGGAAGCUCUAGAAACUCUUCUGAAACUCUGCGGUUCUUACUUAGAGAACUUGACAGUGAGCUACGAGUUCCCUCUGUUUCCUAAUAGCCAACGGUUGGAGGGCUACUUCGGAAGGGGUCCCAACUACGGCGGUCAACCCGACAGACUCUUCCGUAUCGUCAGCCGAAAUUGCCCGCACUUGCAAAGUUUGGAGGUUCCAGCUAGGAGCAAAGACUUUGCGGAUCCGGGCAGGCACGAGGCGUUCCUGCGGCGGAAUUCCCUCUCCCGCUUCGUUAUGAAAGCGUGUCCGUUUCUCGUUCGUUUCGAGGAACCGGUUGCUUCGGACGUCAGAGAACUAAGCCGGGGCUGUCCUGAUCUCCGGAGUAUUCACACCCCGUACUUGAGCCUUCUACGCCCGGACAGCAGGAACUACCCCCCCGGGGAAACUUUCACCAACUUGAAGCGGCUGGUUCUAGACAUGUAUCCUGGUCUUUGGGACGCAGCAGACCCCACGCAGAGCCCGGUCUUUCGCGAGUGCUUCGCCAGUGCCUCCGUGGAGGUUCUCCGUUUCGAGUGCUUCGCCAGCGACUCCGUGGAGGAAGUAGUUCUCCUCAUCGAUGGCGUUCACGGGAUCCUUUUCUCGGAGAUAGAAGUUCUAUGGCUGCCGGAUAUGUUUCCCACCCUCCGCAGGGUUCAAAUCGGGUACCAUCCUCCCAGUACAUGGGACCCGAACUACGACGAAUACGUCGCGGAAAAGAGGGACUAUUGGCAAAUGAUCCAGGAAAUGAUUUCGGAGCUAAGGCGGGAGAAAAACUUUGAGGAGAUUUGCCUCGAGAUUGUUCAGCCGUUCUAG